GACUAGGAAAUAAACCAAAACUAAUCCCGUUAAGUAUGGAGAGUGAUAUUCCAAGUAAGAGAAGAUUUGGAAGUAUUUAAGAGAGAUUUGAUUCUUUCUUCCCUUAUUUAUCUUUAUAAUUCAGAUAUCGUGGGUUUGGUGGCAACCAUGGAUUCAUUCAAAGGACAAGGAGGCAUUCAGAUGCUGCUAACAGCGGAGCAAGAAGCUCAGCACAUUGUUUCAAGUGCUAGAAACCUGAAGAUGGCCAGGCUAAAGCAAGCCAAAGAAGAAGCUGAAAAGGAUGUUGCCCUCUUCCGCUCCCAAAUGGAAACUGAAUACCAGAAGAAAAUCUCUGAGUCAAGUGGAAGCUCUGAUAAUACUGUGAAGCGACUUGAAGAGGAAACUCACAAAAAGAUUAAAGCAUUGACUAAAUCAACCUCGAUAGUAUCAAAAGAAAUAAUUGAAAUGCUCAUGAAACACGUUACAAGUGUGAAGAUUUGAUACAUGAGUAUGCAAUAUGAAGUUAGACAAGCAUUGAAGACUGCGACAAAUGAAGGAAGAAUCUGGUCUUAUAAGCAUCUGAUGUUUUCAAUUCUAAUAAUGGUGUCAAGAACCCUAAUUUUUUUUUAUUUGUCUUUGAGGAUGAUUUAGUUUUCUAAGAUUUGCAACCUUUUCUGCCUCAACCACAACUGAGAAGUUUGGUUUAUUGUUCUCUAGUUGUAAGCAAAUUUUCGCACUAAAAA